AUGAUGGAGGCUGUUUGCCUCUACUCCGCUGUGUUCGUCUCGUUGAUCGAAAGUUGUGCACCUAUCUACGGUUGUCCAGGUGGUGGUCUGUUGUCGAACGUUCUGGGAACCGGCUACGGAUACGGUGGUAGUUUUGGUUAUGGUCGUUGUGGUCCGGAUACGAUCUUUUAUCAUUGGACUUGUUGUGAUUACAACGUCUACGAGUGUUGUAUUCAACUGGAGACAUGGGUGAUAGUACUGCUCGUAAUAUUCGGAAUUGGAAUAUUUCUUUGUUGUAUCUGUUGUGUAGCCGCUAUUAUAUGGAAUUAUAGCAGAAAUCGUUGA